GACCUUCUCAAACAGAACCAAAAUAAUGGUUUCGCAAACUCAAUCCGACAACAAAACCUCACGGACCGUCAAAUUUCUUUACAGUUACGGAGGCAUUAUUCUUCCCCGUUCUACCGAUGGCAAGCUCCGUUACGUCGGCGGACAUACAAGAGUUCUCUCUGUUGAUCGUUCUAUUUCAUUUACAGAGUUGAUGGUGAAGCUCGUUGAAUUUUGUGGAUAUUCGGUGACCUUGAGGUGUCAGUUACCCGAAGGCGAUUUAGAUUUUUUGAUCUCCAUAAAGUCGGAUGAGGAUUUAACGAAUAUAAUCGACGAGUACGACGAGGCGGCGUUGAUUUCUAAAUCUGCACCGUCUAAGAUCCGCGCGAUCCUUUCACCCCCAGAGUCGCUCAAGAAAAUAUCCUCUCUUCCGUCAGAUACUUCCAGUAUCAAUAUGUCGUCGUCAAAAUCGUCCGGCUCAUGUUCUCCGGUGAAAGCCACAUUAUGUCGCCGGAGUUUUUCCCCGGUACCGUCGAUGGAAUAUCCCGUCAGAGGAUGCUAUUGCUACGGUUGCUACUUUCAACAGUAUGCUAGGGUUUUCUUUAACGCUUCCUGCUCUAACUGCUUGCGCUGAAAUUAAAACCAGGGAUUCCAGAUCGGAAGAAUCAGUUGGAAGCUUCUACUGUAAAAAGACGUACAUACGAUACAGAUGAUGGCGAUUAAGUAGAGU